AUGGCGCACCAAUCAAGGCGGAGCGAGAGCACAGUACGAGGUGGUGACGCAUCGGGCAGGUCGUCGCUGUGUUCGGAGAAGAGAGAGGACUUCACGACUGCCGGCGACGAGGAGAAGAGGAUAGGAGGUGGGCUUCUCGGAGAUAGGCUUCCACUCGGUGCAGAUGGGUGUGAAAUCGAAGAAGACGUGGAGGCCAUCACCCGUUCGCCCACCGCCGACUCGGCGCGCCCGGGGCUCUCCGUCACCCAGACGAAUGCCAAAAGCCUGCGCAGCAUCAGAUCGCAUCACUCGCGAGCAGGCGCAGACGGCUACACACUGAACGACGAGGAUGAGAAGCCGAACAACUCCAGCGGUUCGACUGGAGGGAGUGCAUCCGCUGAUCCGUAUCUCGUUCGGUGGGAAGGGGGAGACGCAGAUCCAAUGAACCCACGCAGCAUGACAACACUACGACGCUGGUGCAUUGUGCUCAUCGUCAGCGCGAGUUCUCUGUGUGUGCUGUGGUCCACCUGCAUGAACCAAUUGGGCUGGACUGGCCAGCUGGACUACGCUAAAAUGGCUGCAUAG